ACAACAAAAAUAAAUAUCUUGAGCUUAUGGAGCUUGAGCUCAAGAGAGUUUGAGCUUGAGAAUAUAACCUAAAGAGCUUGAGAAUAUAACCUAAGAUAUUUAAUAUUUUUUUAAAAUGGUUAUUAAUAAAAAUACAAAAAUUAUAGGAAAAAAUGUAGUUCUAGUUCCAUAUCGCGAGGAACACGUCCCAAAAUAUCAUAAAUGGAUGCAAUCCGAAGAACUUCAGCAGUUAACUGCUUCAGAACCACUUUCUUUGGAGGAGGAAUAUGAAAUGCAAAAGUCAUGGCAAAGAGACGAAAAUAAAUGCACGUUUAUAGUUCUUUAUAAAGAAAAAUACGAAAACACUGGAGACGAAAUAGAGUCCAUGAUUGGUGACACAAAUCUAUUCUUCGCCACUCCAGAUGACCGUAUAUGUGCCGAAGCUGAAAUUAUGGUAGCAGAACCGUGGGCUAGAGGUAGAAAAUGUGGCUGGGAAGCAAUGCUUCUUAUGUUUCUAUAUGGCAUAAAGUAUUUGGAAGUUAAACAGUUUAUUGUUAAAGUUUCUUUCGAUAAUAUCCCGAGUAUAAGCAUGUUUCAGAAAAUGGGCUUUGUCGAACUAAGCAGGAGCAAAGUAUUUCAGGAAAUCACUUUUAGUAAAUUAGUCGAAAGUACUUGGAUACAAUGGAUCGAGAUUAGUUUGAAAGGAUAUGAAAUUAUUGAUAAAAGCACUAAUAUUUAAGAUAUGGCUUCAAAUAUACUGACUCAUAUGACUGAAAUUUUUAAUAGUAUUUUAUGUAAAUAACAUAUAAUGGUGUCUUUGUUUACAAUAUUAGGAGUUCUGCUUUUUAAAUUUGCUUUAAAUAUCUUAAAAGUAUAUUUAAUCUCAGUCUUUUCAAACAAAUGAUUAACACAUUUUAUAUAAAAAACAGUAAACUUUAAUAUAGCUCGAUUUGUUUAGUAAAGUAAGAACCAAUUGUUAUUACAACAGAAUUUAAAACAAUACAAAAAAUUGAACAUGUGUUUUUGUUCACUAUAAUAUUAACACAGACUGUUCUCGUUCCCAUUGAAGUAAUACCACAGUAAAAAAGAUAUCUUU